AUGAGAACGCGAUUGCCCAUCCAGUGUAUCCGAGCCUCUUUUCUUCCUGUAUCGCGCGUCAUCCCGGUCUAUCAACAAUUCCACCCCAUGAGCACUUCAACAAGACCAGAGCUAUUCUCCUACACAUCAGGGAGGUUCCUUUACGAUGAAACAGCCCGGUUACGCGAGCGCUAUAUCGAGUUCGAUCCCGAUACUCUUCUGCGAGAGAUCGAAAAGCAUAUUGGCCUAUCCCAUGGACAGGCUAAGCGUCUCACUAAAUUCGCAGAAGGGGGCUUUAACCGCGUCUUUCUCAUAACAAUGGAGGAUGGGUCUGAGGCUAUUGUCAAAACUCCAUACAGCAUUGCAGGACCAAAACACUACGCGACCGCCAGCGAAGCGGCCACUCUGCAUUAUCUCCAUUCCCAAGGUAUCUCUGUGCCCAAGGUCUACGGUUACUCCUCUUCGAAAAGCAAUCCUGUCGGUAUAGAAUAUAUCAUCAUGGAAAAGGCUCCGGGUGUGAGUCUGGCGACAAUGUGGCGAAGUAUGAGCAAGAAACAGCGACAUACUCUUGCCUCUAGCUUUGUUGAAGUUGAGAAACAAUUCUUUGAUCUCCCUUUCGGAUCUCUAGGAAGUCUCUAUUUCAAGAAAGAUGUCCCUACUGAACUCCAGGCCGGUUUGUACGAUCGAGAUACUCGAACUGAUGACUUGUCGGAGAUCUUCUGCAUCGGCCCAACUGCAGACUACAUGUUUUGGCAUGGGGAACGUGCUAAUUUUGAUCUUGAUCGAGGGCCCUGUGAAGAAGGAAUCGAUUGGGCACGGCGGCUUGGAAAGCCAGUAGAGCUUUACUUUCUACAUAAUGGCGUCUUCCCUGGGAUCAAGUACCCGGAAACCUAUAUCGAUCUCUUGGACAAGUAUCUCGCGCUGGCGCCGUACCUUCUUCCUAAAGACCCGAAGAACCCAUUCAACCAGCCAACUCUCCGCCAUCCAGAUCUAAAUCCGAACAAUAUCUUCAUCUCACCUGAAACCGGUACUAUAUCUUGUAUCAUCGACUGGCAACAUUCCAAAAUUGAACCACGUUUACUUGCUGCUGGUUAUCCUCGCGCAUUCGAGAACCCCGAUCCUGAACAAUCCCUUGAACUCAAAGAACCUGCGCUUCCGGCACAUUACGAGACAAUGCCAGUUGAGGAGAAGGAUGCAGCUGACGAACUCUAUCGCCGUCGUCUUCUCUUCUAUUAUUAUCGUAUCUUCAUUGGUCAUCUGAACAAGGCCCAUCUUGCAUGCCUCCGUGACCCAAUCCUCUUCCCUCGCCAGCACCUUGUGGAUAGGGCUGGCAGACAAUGGAAUGGAAACACAAUGACGUUAAAGGGAGCGCUACUGCGCAUCAUCGAGUAUUGGCCUUACCUAGCGGAUACAGCAGGGGUCUCGUGCCCUGUACAAUUCCCCGAAACCGAGGUAGAUGGAUUCCACGAGCAGGAGCAGCUGUGGUUUAGCUUGAACAAAGUUGUGGAUCAUUGGCGAGAUCAAGUCGGUGGUGUCAACGAGGAUGGUUGGAUCAGCAACGAAACGUAUGAAGAUUCUAUGCGGAAAAUUGCAGAGCUCAAAGCUUCUCUGAUUGCCGAGGCGGAAGGGGACAAGGAAGAUAUUUAUCUUUUAGAAAAGGGAUGGCUAUUCAGAGAUCGUGAAGCCAAUCCCUCGCCAGAUUCAAUUAAAUCAUAA